GGCCUGGCGGGCGGCCUGGGGGUCACGGCGUGCGCUGCCGCCGGCGUGGUGCUCUACCGGAUUGCGCGGAGGAAUAGACCUCAUGAGGGAAGAAGGGUCCUACGUGUCAUCUCUGUUGGCCCAUUGGUUAGCUAUCCCUGACCUUGUGAUGCCCCCGUCUCUGCCCUGCAAUGUCUGAGACCCAGAACAGAAGGGGCUGGUGGCCCUGGGUUCCCAAGUGGAUGCUUUGGAGCCUACAGAGCUGGGUGAAGCCGACGCACACGAUGGUCAACUGCUGGUUCUGCAACCACGACACGCUGGUGCCCUAUGGGAACCGCAACUGUUGGGACUGUCCCCACUGUGAGCAGUACAAUGGCUUUCAAGAGAAUGGAGACUACAACAAGCCAAUCCCAGCACAGUACAUGGAACACCUGAACCAUGUGGUGAGCAGUGUACCCAGUCCCCGGGACCCUGCGCAGCCGCAGCAGUGGGUAAGCAGCCAGGUCCUGCUCUGCCGAAGGUGCAGCCACCACCAGACCACCAAGAUCAAGCAACUGGCUGCUUUCACACCACGUGAGGAGGGCCGGUAUGAUGAGGAGAUUGAGGUGUACCGCCACCACUUGGAGCAGAUGUACAAGCUGUGCCGCCCAUGCCAGGCAGCUGUGGAGUACUACAUCAAGCACCAGAACCGCCAGCUGCGUGCCCUGCUUCUCAGCCACCAGUUCCGGCGUCGGGAGGCUGACCAGGCUCAUGGGCAGAGUUUCAGUUCCUCAGCUGUGAAGGCCCCACUCCAGGUCAUCCUGCUCCGAGCCCUGGCCUUCCUGGCCUGUGCCUUCCUGAUGUCCACUACACUGUAUGGACCCAGCGAACCCUUCACCCCGGGGGCUGCCUUGCCCCCGGCCCUACCUCCUGGGGGCAACAGUUCUGCUGCCACAGACAAUACCACGUCUCAGGCGGAGGGCUGGCAGCAGCUGCUGGGCCUGUUGCCUGAGCAUGCCACAGAGAAGCUACACGAGGCCUGGGCCUUUGGGCAGAGCCACCAGACCAGCAUCGUGGCAGUAGGCCUGCUCACCUGCCUGCUGGCCAUGCUACUGGCUGGCCGCAUCAGGCUGCGGCGCAUCGAUGCCUUCUCCACCUGCCUCUGGGCCUUGCUGCUGGGGCUGCACCUGGCAGAGCACUAUCUACAGGCUGCCUCGCCCGGCUGGCUGGACACGCUCAAGUUCAGUACCACGUCCCUGUGCUGCCUGGUGGGCUUCACCGCAGCUGUGGCUACAAGGAAAGCGACAGGCCCGCGGAGGUUCCGGCCCCGAAGGUACUUCCCAGGAGACUCUGCCAGCCUCUUCCCUUCUAGCCCCAGCCUGGCUGUGCCCUACCCAAGCGUCCCAGCCUCACCAGCAUCCCUGUUCAUCCCCACCCCGCCCGGCUUCCUGCAUCUCACCAAGCAGCAACUGCUCCGGUCUCCCCGUCGGGUCUCCCCCUCAUCCCUGCCAGGCCGCCUCAGUCGGGCCCUCUCGCUGGGAACCAUACCUUCUCUGGCCCGGACAGACUCAGGAUAUCUGUUCAGCGGGAGCCGCCCACCUUCUCGGGUGUCCCCAGCUGGGGAGGUUUCUCUUUCAGAUUACUUUUCCCUAUUGUCCAGCAGCUCGCCCUCUCCUCUCCCUUCCCCAGCGCCUUCCGUGGCCGGCUCCAUGGCCUCCAGCUCCGGCUCCUUACGCCACCGCAGGCCCCUCAUCAGCCCUGCCCGACUCAACCUGAAAGGACAGAAGCUGCUGCUCUUCCCGUCCCCCGGGGAGGCGCCAAAUACCCCCAGCAGCUCAGAGGAGCACUCGCCGCCCAACGGCAGCCUCUUCAUCGAGUCUCCCCAGCUCCCACAGAGGAAUCUCACUCGGGACACAAAGCACACCAUGGAUAUGAGGUCAGUGCUGGCCAGAGACAGUGCCCGCAGUCGCCGCUCCAUCAAGAAGGAGGAUGAGUCAUCGCAUUCCUCCGCCUGCGUCGUGGACACCACCACCAAAGGCUGCGCAGAGGACACCACUCCCUGGAAAGCUCGCGUAGGUCCCUCCCUGGUCCGGGGCCUCCUGGCUGUGAGUUUGGCUGUCAAUGUGCUCUUCACCUCGGCCUACCUGUACCAGAGCCUGCGCUGACCACCGAGGGCCUUUGCCAAGGGCAGUGCCAGGUGCAUGCUGCUUCCGACACUGGCGCUGAGAUCUCUCCCCGAAGGGCUCUGUCUCCGCCUUGACCUCCUGGGUCGAGUCCCUGACCUCAGGAUACCUGCUGUCCACCCAACAGUCUGCAAACAUCAACUGUGUUUGGUGCUGACACUCUGACCCCAAAACCAGGGAUCUUUGACAAGCUUGCCCAGCCCCAGGGACACUAGUGCUACUGUAGCUGUGGCGGGAGUGGGCCAACCAGGCUGCUUGUGCCCUGCUGCUGCCUCCAUGCCACCAGAGGUCUGCUGCAGAGCCGAGAAUCAAGAUGAAGACAGCCCCUGAGAGACGCACUUGGAGCCUGGGUCACCUUAUCCUCACACCUGCCCUCUGCAGAGAGCAAGGCUCCCCCAGCAGGCGUGGCCAUCCAUCUACUCCUGACUGUUGGCUCGGGCAGGGCUGGGCGGGGAGAGCCUGGGACUCUCCUCUCCCGUGACUUCUGCCUUGCACACCUGUUUGUGGCUUUCCCAGCGAGUAGCUCUGUUCCCCUGAGAAUGCCAGAGCUCCCCUGUCCAAGCCGCUCUCCCAUCCGAGUCCCUGCCUAGCCCACCAGUUGCUAGGGAGCUGCACAGUUGAGGUGGGCCUGGAUCCUCCCUCACACCCACAUCCCGUACUCCUGAGCCCUGUCCUCUCCUCCUCCUGUCCCCAUCUGUGUCCCCUCAACCUGUGGCUCCAGGCCACCUGUGUCGGUGCCUCCAUGCCCAACCACUGCCCCCUGAGGACCCUGCAGGCUUGUGGGAGCACAUCCUGUCCCCCAAGGGAGGAGGAGGAACGUUGGCCUAACACUGGCUCUUUCAAUAGUAUGGGGCCACAUGUGCCUGUAUGGGUCAGGCCUUGGCCCUGUGUGCGAGCGCGUGCAUGUGUGCGUGCGUGUGUGUGUGCGUGCGUGCG